AUGACUGGCUGCAUGUGCCAGUAUGUGCAGUCAUGGGAAGAUGUCGGGAAAUGUAAAAUAGCCAAGAAUGAGGGCGCCUCAACACCUGGAAUCGGCAAGUCGGCAGCUACCUUCAAAAGCAUCUCAUCCAGCAGAUUCCUGCCGAAGGGAACCAAAGCAAAGGUUAAUUUGGAGGAACAGGGACGCCAGAAGGUCUCGUUCAGCUUCAGUUUCACUAAGAAGACCCUUCAGAACAGAUUGCUCACUGCUUUGACUGUAGAGAAGCAGAAUGACGUGCAGAAUGCGGCCGGCGGUUUAUCAGAACAAAAUAAGCCGAAGACUGAGGGCGCUGAACCCAGCGUGAACGCUUUUGAAAUUUCCCCUCCGAAACCGAAAGUGGAACUGGGAAAAAUCCAUUUUAAGAAGCAUCAUCUUGGCGUUACAAGCAAACUACCAGCACCCCCACCUCCACCCCCACCACCUGCUGCAAUUCCGGUUGCAGUGCCUAUGUCACCCAUACUUUCAACACAAGGAGCGCCACCUGAUCAUUCAAAGUUUUCUCCAUUGUCCGAAGUUGUAUCACCAGCUACCAUCCUGGCUGUUGAAUCGCCUGAAAAAGCACCAUCCAGUACUCUGUCUUCAUUAUCGUUGACUAGCACAAAGGACAAUCGAGAGGACUCCGCGGUCUCUGUUGCGGAAAGCUUAAGCACUCAGGUGGUUGACGAAAAGGCAGAGCCCAUCCCUUCGAAAGAUUAUUCCCAUAUUGGGAAAGGCGAAAAGAUUUCAGUCAGUGUACAAAUCGUUAAACCAAAUCCCAGCCCUGAAAAGCCCAGCUCUAAAUUAAAGCCGCCUCAUUCUGAGACGGCGGUGGUUGGUUCAGAGUCCGACGGAGAUUCUGUACAAACCUCCUCCAGCCACCGAUCACACGAGGUCAAAAAGGCAGCAAGUAAAGAAAGAGACCCAAAAAGGACCUCGGUGAGUUUGAGAAGGGACGACGGCGGAAAAUAUUCUUCAUCGAGAACAAAGUCUGUGAAAGAAGAGAAAGAUGAGAAACAUUCAAGCUAUUCCAGGUCCGACAGAGAUUCAAAGUACUCUUCCUACUCGCGUUCUAAGUCAGAUCGUGACAGGAAGCGAAGCAGGUCGCGGUCAAGAUCGAGGUCGAUCUCUAGAUCUGAUCGAGGACCAAGAGGCAGUUCUUCGUAUUCCAGAUCUGAACGGUCACAUUAUUAUGAGCCCGAUAGACGGUACCAUAGAAGUUCCCCCUACAGAACAAGAUAUUCUCGCUCGUAUGCCGACAGCAGGGCAAGAGACAGCUCCGACUCGGAGGAUGACUACAGGAGAACUCAUUCCAGAUCGAGCGACCCUCGAAGGCCCUCAUCGUCCUCUCAUUCCUCCUCCUACAGAGAUUCUAGGACUUCUUCUUCUGCGCAUUCAAAAUAUGACAAAGAUCCCAAAUUAGACUCCUCUUAUGACUCGGACCGAAAAGGAAGGCCGUCGAGCAGAACUGAAAAAGACAUCAAGUCCUCGGAUAGAGAAUCUAGUAAAAAAGUUUCUCCUCAGAGAGAAGUUGACAUGAAAUCGGCAUCUUCCCAUUCUAAAGCCGAGAGCAGUGCAAGUUCUGCUAAAUCAAAUUCUUCCAAAGCAUCGGAUGCCAAACAAGAACAUGCCGGCUCGGGAGGUAAAAUUUCCAAAUGGGAUUUGGAGAAGAGACCUGAAGAAAAAGAGGGGCACAGCCUUGUCAGAAGAGAUAAAGACCAAUCUACGUCCAAGGACGGCUCCGAAUACAGAAAAAGCGAUCUCCAGGAUUCUCCACCUGCGCGAUCCAGAGAUUCUGAUCGUUCUCGUACGGCAGAAACUGGAUCAGCAAGUGGUUGGGAAUCCAAGUGGAGAGGUUUUUCUACAGCGCCAUUGUUUGAAGGCCAAAGAAAAAGCCCUAUUCUCGUCAACGAUAGUUAUUCACCUGAGCACACAUGGGAAUUCGUCACUCUCAGCUCCACAGACGAUGUUCCUGCAGAUGAGCAAUCCGAUGUGUCACAGUCUGAAAGCAGUAGCGGAGACGUAACUUCUAAUACAGAGUUGGAGAAAACCCCUGUAGCUCACAGUGAAGGCGAACAAUGCAGUGUUGUGGAGCCGGGUGAUGGAACACCUCAUCUGAAUGGGUUAGGCCACGAUCAUGGCAGCUCAUCAGUCUUUUCAGAUCCCGAUUAUAAGCCUGUCUCUGUAUCGAGGUCAAAAAGUUGGAGAGUCUUGGACGUCAGCAUAAAUGAGCCAGUUCCUUGCCAUCCUUCAGACAAAAUAGAUAUUUUCUUUGACCAUAAAUUGCUAAAUUAUGAAUCAGUUCAAGAAGAUGACAAUCAUGCUUUUAUAGACUCUGAAGCCAAGCCAACUGUUACAGUUUUGGCUCCAGAAAGCCUAAAUGUGUCCCGAACUAUGUCUACUGACGAAGAUUUUGAUUCUGUGCAGGAAAUCUCUAAUGUGUGCACAUCGGGGAGCAGUGACGAGCAAAACAACACUUGUGGUGUACCUCCCACGGAGCCUUCUGCUCCAGAAACACCUGAAAGUGAUUAUUAUGUCAUUAAGGAAGAGACCGCUGUCACCAGUAACGUUAUGAUUGAGUCUCCUAGCCACAGUCAGGUUUCGACUUCAUUGCCAAACUUUGAAAAGGACAAUGUAGAUACUACUUGGAAAAAUACGGAGGGAGAGGAGGACACCCCUGUCGUCCCACCAGAAGCUCCAACGGAACAGAUAGAAGUUCUAAAGGCUAACUAUGAGUCUGAUGAGGAAGAGGAUGGUUUUGAGAACUAUAAGGUCCAAAGUGUUCACUCUUCAGAUGAAGAGAAAAAUGAAAUUGCCGCCGACAGCAGCAGACCUGCAGUGAACUUUAUAAGUGCCGUCAGGGCCUAUUAUUCCGACACAGAAGAGAGCGCAAGUGAAGAGAGUGAAUCAGAUGAUACGGAUUCUGAUGACAGUGGGCUCCCCAGGAACAGGUUGCAGUCAGUUGUGGUAGUCCCCAAAACCUCCACUAUAAGCAUGGAAGAAGACAAUCUAGAGUCUUUAUCCCCAAGUCACCAAGAAAGGACAGAACAAUCUUAUGAUAGAAAUGAAAUUGGAUUGCCGGAAGGCCACACUCCGGAGCAAAUGGAACACAGAGUCGUUGAUCAAAUAGAUAGCAAUUCCAAUAUGUCAAUAGAGGAAGAACCGACGUGUGCUCCAGAGCCGAGCUCAUUUCAGGAUGCAGAAAUGACUGUCAUUCCGGAUGAGGUUUCAGAGCAGAGACUUUUUAUUUCCGUUAAAGAUCUAGAACAGAGCGCCCCUCAAGUUAAUGUUUCUACACCAACUACACAGUUCGUAGCUCCUGUUAAGAUGCCAGAGGAGGUUACCAAUCCUGCUCAGUCUUUAGAACCUUUCCAAGUGCCAGUUCCAGCUCCUCAGGCAGCUCCCAUCCAUAUUCAAGCAUCCGAGUCGGCUUCAGCCCCAGUUCAAAGAACAGAGCCAAGCUAUGUUCCAACUUUGCAGGUAGAUGUUAUUUCGGUGAACGUGACUGAGCCAGACCCCAUUCACGUUCAAGAGUCGCAAUCAGAAGUUGUUUCUUUACAGGUACCAGAGACUGCAAUUGUGCCGGUUAUGUCCACGGAGCUAGGUCCCCGCAAUACUGUAGAGGAGAUUCCCAUUGCUGCACAAGCCCCACAGCUGACUCCCAUGGCGGAUCAAGCCCCACAGCUGACACCCAUGCCAGAUCAAACCCCACAGCUGACUCCUGCACCAGAUCAAACCCCACAAUUUGCUCCCUUUCCAGUACCAGCUUCACAACCAUUUGCUGUCCCAUUUGAAGCACCACAACCCUAUCCUUCUCCAGUUGAGGUCCUCCAACCAUAUCCUGUUUCAUUUGAUGUACAGCAACUAUGUUCUGCUCCACGUGAAGCUCCUCCACGUGAAACCUUUUCCAUUCAGGUGCAACAUCUAGAUAGUGUUUCAGUUCAGGCCCCACAGCCAUGCUUGACUGCAUUUCCAGGUCAAGUUCAACAGCUGGGUGCAUUUACUUUUCAAGCUCCUCAGCACGGGGCAUUUCCAGUUCAUGUACCACCACCACCGAGUCCUGUCCCAGUUCCAAUACUACCAUGCCCUAUUCCUGUUCAUUCUCCACAGCCAUGUCUUGCUCCUGUUCAGUCCUCGCAACUGGGCGUUGUUGCAGUUCAUGCCCAACAACCAGACAUUCCCCAACCGCCUAAUGAUGCUGAUGUCAGCACCAGCCAUUUUGUGUCCUCUGAACAGUGCAAUAACGGUGAGAUGUCCACUAGAUGCAAAGAAGUGAAUAUACUUGGCCAAACCAAAUCGGCUACUCAUCAGCCCGCUGCUUCAGUACCUUCCAAGCCUAGUAAAUUUGAAUCAAAAUCUCUAUAUACUCCUGCUGAGAAACCUGACAGCCGGCAACCAUCGGCGUACAGCCAUGGAACAGGGGCUGGGGACUUUUCUAGAGCUGAUGGUUUCCAGGCAGCGGAAGACCUAUCAGAUCUUGGCUGGGACUUCUCUCAGCCAGAAAAGCCAAGCAGCACUUACCAGCCGGCAGACAGCAGUUACAUGUAUUGUCGGUACCAGCAGGGCAGUGGGGUCUGUGAGCCCUCACAUAAUUAUGGUGAGAACAACCGUUAUUGGGAUCCUGGAUGCCACAACCAAGGUCCCACCUACAACUACGUAAAAACCGGCGUUCCCGUUCCCGACUCUCUCACACAUUGUUACAAUGAAGAUGAUGACGAUGUCGACGAAGAGGAUAUUGGUUGGGAGGACGACCAAGGCCACCACCAGGUCAAUAAGCUGUACUACGACCGAUCGAAGGAAUCCGGGUCCGUGCAAGCUCACGAGAUCAGCAGCAACUCUGCGAAAGAGAACCUGCCGCGAAACGAAAAGAAGGAUCACCUGGGCAGGGACAGGUCUGAGAUGAAAGAAAGGGGGCCACCCAAAAAACGGCGGCAGGAGCUGGAGUGCGACUCCGAGAACGACGCGGAAGCCCUGGAGAGGAGGAGAUUGAAGGCCGAGGCUGGCUUGUUGGAAUCCGCUGGCCCGAAGCCAGUAAAACCCGGAUCCAUCUGCCCAAUGGAGGAAUUCAGAGAUGCUCAGCACUGGAAGGACUUUUCCAAACAAGGAAAAAUGCCGCCUUAUUUUGACCUCAUUGAGGAGAACGUUUACCUAACUGAAAGGAAGAAGAAUAAGUGUCACAGGGACAUUAAAAGGAUGCAGUGUGAGUGUCCCCUGCUCUCUAAAGAGGAAAGGUCGCAGGGGGAGGUCGCUUGCGGAGAGGAUUGUCUCAAUCGGCUGCUCAUGAUUGAAUGCUCCUCCAGAUGUCCGAAUGGUGAUUACUGCUCCAACCGCCGAUUCCAGAGGAAGCAGCACGCCGACGUCGAGGCUAUCCUAACCGAGAAGAAGGGCUGGGGUCUCCGGGCUGGUAAAGACCUGAAACCGAAUGCCUUCGUGCUGGAGUACUGCGGCGAAGUCCUGGAUCACAAGGAGUUUAAGGCGCGUGUGAAGGAGUACGCCCGCAACAAGAACAUCCACUAUUAUUUCAUGGCGCUGAAGAAUGACGAGAUAAUCGACGCCACGCUGAAGGGGAACUGUUCGCGUUUUAUGAACCACAGCUGCGACCCGAACUGUGAGACGCAGAAGUGGACAGUGAACGGGCAGCUUCGGGUCGGCUUUUUCACCACAAGAUUAGUCCCCAAAGGCGCGGAGUUGACCUUUGACUACCAGUUCCAACGUUAUGGGAGAGAAGCUCAGAAAUGCUUCUGUGGAUCUGCCAAUUGCCGGGGUUACCUCGGUGGUGAGAACCGAGUGAGCGUCCGAGCAGCCGGAGGCAAGAUGAAGAAGGAAAGGUCCCGCAAGAAAGAUUCG